AUGACUGAAAUCGGAGUUGAACAGGGCACAAAAAAAGUGACAAAUUUUCACCGUGAGGAAACCAAAAAUUUAUUUCACUCAAGCUUUCUUCACAGUGAUGAUGAUUUUGCAAAAUUGGGUUACGAGCGUUUGAAAAUUAAUUUAGCUACUUUUUCUUUCACUUCCGGCUAUUUAUCGAACUUUCUUCGUAUCGUAAGUGCUCAACCAUGGUGUAAUCCAUGA